AUGGCCGAUCGGGUGCGGCGCUCUUUGUGGAUGCGGUCCCAUGAGCUGCGGGAGCGCUGGAUCUCUUUGAUCGGAGGCUACUUCGUUCAGCGGAAGUCGCUGAAGCUCGUUUUUCACCUGCUAGAUGCGGGUCUCUGCGAGCUGAUGCCCGCGGAUCGCGAGCUCUGGCGGCUCCUCGCCCAGGCACGGCGCAGUGACUACGAGCUUUGCAUCGUCUUGACGAAGGCAGACAACAGUGUGCCUUCGCAGCUUGAGCGGUUUGCCAACCUCGUGCGCGAAGCUCUCCGCCGAGAGGGCUCCGACCUCGCACUGCGCGCGACAAUCUUCGCUUGCAGUUCGAUGACGAAGCUGGGAAAGGACACCCUCUGGCGGAAGAUUUGGUCUGCCGUCGGCGGCGAGGCAUCGACGAUCGCCGAUCUCGGUGCUGGCCCAGACAACGCCGAGCGCUACCGAAAAACGGAAUUCGGCUUGGAGGAGAAGCAGUGA